ACUUAUAUAAGAACGGAGAGGUCAGUAACAUCAUAUUUUAUACAGAAGACCCAGAAGCCUGGCACUCAGCGAUUUAGACAUCAUUACCCCACAGUAAUCAGAAAGGGCAUCAGUAACGGAUGGAAACUGCAGAUCAAAGAAGAGGAUGAUUGAGAUUCAGAUGUCAUGAUAACAGCUAACCUGUACAAAAAUGGGACUGUAAUGAUUCAGGGAAAUCUGAAACUAUUUGAAAAGGACUUCCUCCAAAUUAAAGGAAAAGCUCAACUGAACAAGAUCAGCCCUAAUACACUAAAGCAGGCAGAAGACACCUCCACCUCCACCUCCACCCAUCAAUCCACAAUUGAGCAGUCCAGAGAUGACAGUGAAGAGAUCUCCCUACCACACAACAUCAUCAGUGACAUGAAAGAGAAGUUCAGAGAGAUGGAGCUGGAACUGGUGCAGCUGAGAGAGGAGGUGCAUGGAGUAGCACAGGAGACUGAUCAAACAGGAAAAGAAGAGGAUUGCAGGAAAGAAAUAGCAAUGCUAAAAGAAGAAAUUCAGGAACUGAAAAACCAGAGAGAGGAGUACAACAAACAACUGUAUGUAAUGAAGGAAGAAAUGAGAGAAUUGAGAGAGGACAGAGAGUCCUACAGAAAACAACUGCCAGCUCUGGAGAAGCAGCUAACACAGAGAGGAGAACAGCAAAGCUUAGAGGAGACUCCUCAUCCAACUACCACAGCCAUCAACCCCAACAGCCCUCCUCCAUCUGACUCCAGUCAAACGCAGCCUCAGAUCGUACUCCUCAUGGACUCGAAUGGCAAGUUUGUCGAUGAAAAGAAACUUUCUUCUUUGAUGAGAAGAAAUGUCAAGAAAAUAUGGUGCCCAAACAUACAGAAGGCCUGAAGCUCUUGUGUGAAGAGCAGUUGGGGUCCCCCAGCCACAUUAUCAUCCACACCGGCACCAAUGACCUCAGAGCUCAGCAACAGAGAGUAGCUACAGCUCUUAUUAAUGUAACAGAGAAGGCAUCCUCCAACUUCCCCAACUCACCCUGCUACUGCGCUCCGAUUUCCGACAUCAUCAGGCAUAUAAAUGCAAGAGUGUCUAGAGACUAUGCCCCAAAGCCCAAUGUACACCUGGCUCAGCACCCCACUCUGAAUCUCAGCAGCCUUUAAGACCAUAUCCAUCUCCAUAGAAAGGCAGUCCCCAUCUUUGCUAAGACCCUGAAGGACAUCACACUGCACCGCAGCUCCAGCGCACCGCAGCGAUCUCAUAGACACCCCAUAGGGUCACCCUUCAAAUCACCGCCCCCUCCACCACUUCAACUCUGAGCGGAGAAACCCCAUGACAAGCUCUAUAUUUCCCCCUGGAAAACAUCGCAUGACCAGGCCUGCAGCCCCCUUGCCUUCUCAUUCACAUGAACAUCAGCAGGAGCAACACCCAGGCAGCCGGAGCUAUGCUGAAGCAGCCAGCAGAUCACUGAUCCACUCCAGUACUAGCACAGUCGACAGCCAGCCGGCCUCAUCUCCAUCCAGAGACCUCAGAAACAUCCAGCACAUGCUGACUCUGUUGUGCUCUCACCUCAUGGAGUGAAAAGGUGAAGGUUUCAUGGUGGGCGAGGUCACACGUUCACUGAAGAGCAAGAGACGGCUAUCGUGAAUUUGGUUUUGGCCAAUAAUGCUAUAACAAUUCGCCAAAUACGCAAUCAUAUCCUUAAUGAUGCCACAAUUUUGGCUAACAUAAAUGCUGUGAGCCCCUCAACAAUACAUCGUGUCCUCCAGAAAAAUCAACUGAGAAUGAAACAGCUGUACAGGGUCCCAUUUGAAAGGAACUGUGACAGAGACAAGAACCUUCGACAUGAGUUUGUGGAUAGAAUUUUGGAGAUGGAUGCCCAUGCCAUCGUCCAUGAAUACAUUUAUGUGGAUGAGGUGGGCUUCAAUCUCAGCAAAACCAGAAGGGGGAGAAAUGUCAUUGGACAAAGGGCCAUUGUCAAUGUCCCUGGACAACGUGGCGGAAACAUUACAAUGUGUGCUGCAAUUACACAGAAUGUUGUCCUGCACCAUCAUGCCACACUUGGCCCCUAUAACACUGAUCACAUCAUACAUUUUCUGGAUGCUGUUCAUGAUAUGCUUGUUCAAGGUCUGCAGAAUGAAGACCAGGCAAGAUUUGUCAUCAUCUGGGAUAAUGUCAGUUUUCAUCGCGCCCAUCAGGUCCAAAACUGGUUUGUUACUCAUCCCCAUUUUUCUGUUGUCUACCUGCCUCCAUAUUCACCAUUUCUAAACCCUAUUGAGGAAUUUUUCUCCACAUGGCGCUGGAAAAUGUAUGAUCGUCAUCCCUAUGUCAACAUGACACUUCUCCAGGCAAUGGAGGGGGCAUGUGGAGACACUGACGCUGCCUCUAUCCAAGGUUGGAUACGCCAUACAAGAAGGUUCUUUCCACGGUGUCUGGCAAGAGAGAACAUAGCAUGUGACGUGGAUGAAGUAUUGUGGCCAGACCCAGCCCGGAGGAGAGAUGGAGCCUAGAUACACCCAACCAUCUCGCCCACCAACAAACACACAAACACACACACACACACACCAUUCCUUUGGAAUAAUCACCUUUUUCAAAAUUAUGUUUGGUUUCUGUUCAACUACACAUGGUUGAUGUAUUUCUUUUCUUUCGUGUUUACCGUGAAUUUUUCAACAUCUCUGCCAAUAACUUUCAGUCUUGUACAGAAAUGUACAUAGGAGCUCAUGAAAGAAGAGCUUUAGGUUUUGAAUAACUGUGUGUACAUGAUAUAUCCAAAAAUAUAAUAUUAUGGCAAAGGUGUUUGCAACGUAAGACAAAUGUUUGCUUUUGAGAUGUGUUUGUGAUAUUUUGAAUGCAGUGCUUCAUUUAGCAAGAGAUGUGAGGCAUUUUGCAUUUUGUGUGUGCAAUUCUUGGAUUUGUGUGUAAAGUUAAAAAAAAAAA